AUGGCCACGCCCAACUUGUCCACUCCUCCCCCAGCGCAGGCAAUGGCGCAUGGAACAGAGGACCGACAACAUCAGUCCACAGAAGGGUCGACAAGGGCGAAUGGCCAGCAGCCUGCAGCGGCAAAUGUGAGUCCUGAGCAACGGCGAGGAUGCCGCCCAGUUCGACAGGGCCGGUAUCUCGCCAAUGAUCUGCCGCCUCUGUUUGAGCUAGAGGAGAUUUUUGCAGACAUGGCGUCAAAAGCCCAGAGGCUGGGAUUUGCGCCUGUCCUCGAUGCGCUCAAUGGUCGACCACUUCGAGUGGCGACAAUGUGUUCAGGAACAGAGGCUCCACUGUUAGCCCUGGAGAUGAUUCAAUCGGGUCUAGACGGGGACCACCAACUACUGAUCUCGCAUAUUUUCAGCUGUGAGAUCGUUCCGCUCAAGCAAUCAUACAUCGAGCGGAACUUCCGCCCCCUCUUCUGUUUCGGGACAUCACCGAACUUGGAGGCGAGCAAGCGUGGGCGGACUGCAUAUGGAUCAUUGGAGGUAAUCCCCGGGGAUAUUGACAUCUUAGUUGCAGGAACCGCCUGCGUCGACUUUUCUCCCUUGAAUGUCAACAAGAAGACCCUGCAGCAAGGUGGCGAGUCUGGGGCAACAUUUGACGGUCUCUUGCGAUAUGCAGAGAGAUUCAGACCCCGAUUGAUUAUCCAAGAGAAUGUUCGCACAGCUCCUUGGGGAAAAAUGUCGGAGAAGUGGGAAAAGCUUGGCUACACGUCGAUUUUAGUCCCUGUCGACACGAAGCAUUACUACAUCCCACAGACACGCGAGCGUGGCUAUUUGGUGGUCAUUGACAAGCGCCGCUUGGAAGCAGCGGGCCUGAUUGGAGACCACAUGGAUGGCAAUAACCUACUCGCCGUCCAUGAACACAUUAGUGGGCUUGCGCACGAAUUCCAACGGCGAGCAAGCUCAUCUGUCGGGAUGUUCUUGCUUGAUGACGAUGACCGCCGACUCGAGCUCAUCGAGGAGAGAGCCGGUCUUGGUUCCCGAAGCGAAACCAGCUGGGACCAAUACCAGGUUCGGCACCAGCGGCACCGCGACGAACGGGAACUAGGCAACGAAAGGCCAAUCACCAGAUCACUUCCCGGCAUCAAUGUUCUGAAAGCACCAGACUUUUACUGGCACCGCUAUUGGCAGACACAGCCUGAGAGAGUGUGGGAGACGGUGGAUAUGAAUUUCUUGAAGAGAGUUAUUCAGUCAUAUGACAUGAAUUUCAAGGAGUACGUUUUUAAUUUUGCCUCUCUCUCACUUCAGAUUUCAGGACUAAUUCUCUCAUUUCUCACUCACAGGCGUUGGAUUGACCUGUCCCAAGGUGUCGACCGAGGGAAUGACAGUCUUGCCGCGAGUGGGAUCGCGGGAUGCUUGACGCCGAAAGGUAUCCCGUUCGUGACCACUCGUGGUGGUCCCGUAUCUGGCACGGAAGCUCUUUCACUACAAGGUCUUCCCCUCGAUCGUAUGUUGUUGGCAAGAGAAACACAGGCCGAAUUGAUGGACAUGGCAGGAAAUGCGAUGACGAGUACCGUUGUCUGUGCAGUCAUGUUGGCUAGCCUCAUAGCCGUGCCGUCAAUCCUUCACUCCGAUGAUGAGAGUCUACCACAGCCCAGCGUCAAAGAGGCCAAGCCCCUUCUCAUCCCAAGCGAAGCCCACAGCCUUGUGAGAACCAUCCUCCAAACCGCCGAAGCCCGAUUCGUCAAUCACGAUGAUCUCAAAGCCAACGCAGCAAGCACCGUUUUGCGUUGUGCAUGCGAAAGACAGACUGGAGUUCAAGAUCGUAUUUUCCAGUGUCUUCUAUGUGGACAUACCGCAUGCACUUCCUGUCAUGGAAACCCCACACACUCGUAUUCACCCAUCUCCCUCCUCCGAACGGAGCCAUCUGAGUUUAUUGCACAUAUGACCGACAUCAUUCCCAUGAGAUUGACAAUUUCUGGUCUAUCCGCUUUGGACUUUGAGCCUUUCGAGCCCUUGUGCCCCCCGGACAUCUCCCCUGGCUUCUGGAGUGACUUCAUCGUUUGCAUAGACUUUGCUUUGCACGAUGUGUUUUGUUUCUUUGAAAUCAAGCGUGGCAGAAAAUGGCGUAUUGCUUACAGGGGCACGCACUCGCAUUUGCAUCUUGAAAUUGGUCCGGACUCCAUCCAGUGGCUCUUGUUUGCAGAACCACCGAAGUCCGCUCCCGUGAGAAGCGUUAUCAGAGAAGUCUUGGCCAAGCCAAUUGCAAGAAUGACGCCCUCUCAAGGGUCAUUUGUUGAUGGAGAUUGGGAAAUCUGUUCUCCAUUGAGUCAACAAUUUUCACUCCAAAUUUUCGGCAAACAACAGCAGGUUCCAUCAUUUGAAGCUGAGUGUGGCUUGAAAGCUGCCGAGUUCGUGAAUAGUAGAGUCUGGACUACUCUUUCUGUCGAAGGAAAAGCCAUCGAUAUGGCAGGCCUUGAUUAUGAUAUUUGUGGGCUUUACUAUUUUCUCCCUGACUGCGGUACAGCUCUUGGAGCGAUGUACAGGAAAGACGCCACUGAAGUCACACCUGCAAUCUUCUUGUUCCUUGACCCGACAAAGACUGGAUUACCGGUGGAUGAUGCAUGUGUGUUUUCCCUUGAUCAUAGUCGUCUGUCUGGCUAUGAAGUGAGAGUGACCAUCGCCGAGUUGUCCCCAGAUUGGCGAUCAUUAGACGUUUCAGAGGAAGGGGCUCCUGCCAAUGCUUUCUAUCGCCGUUGGAUCAAGCGAAGAGAAGCGCAAUUGGUCUGCCGUGAUGAGAAUAUUGCCUACGACGCUUUGCAGCAGGGAACCAAAGUCUCGAUCGAGAGCAACAACUGUCACAGUGCUUGUAUUACCCUUGCCUCGCUGUCAGCAUCGGCGACGACCCUGAACCUUCCCAACAUAACAUCUCAAUGGCAGUCAUGGGACCCGGAAGACUCCACCCGAGUAUUGAAGAGACUUGCCUGGCUAUUUCCGAAUGUUGCCGCAUGGUCCGACUUCGAGGAAUGGAACCACAUCACUCACUCACACAUUUCAACUAAUGACGGCGAUCAGUCCCAUGGAAACUGCAAUGUGUGCAACCCACCUUCACCUGGUAUUAUAUGGGGCCGCGAUAAUCGCGGUAAAAUCACACCAUACGAGAACGCGCAAGAGGCUGCUGUCUAUGAGCGUGCCAUCAAGUCUCGACCGUCGCCUUUCUUGGUUUUUAGUCGACUGCAUGGACCGAUCAACGCAAAUGAACCAGAACAAGUAGAACUGCGAUUUACUUUGAACGUUCAGUCUCUCACGCAUAGAGCUAGCGGGAAACUGUCUGAAGUCGCCAGCUACGAGACAAUCACAUCCAAAUGGAGACUUCUGCCCAAUGCGUAUGACAUGGCCAAGCAACCUAGCAGCUUGUUUACCUUGAUGGACAACACCACCGAUAUCGCAUCAAAGCAGCCACCCAACUUCAAACAGACCCUGCGCCAUGAGCAGCUUCGGUCUUUGAGCUGGAUGAUCUCACAAGAAUCUGAGCAAAUUGAGCCAUUCAUGGAAGAAGAAGUUGAAGAGUCGGUCCUUCCCCUUCUGCCGUGGCGAGCUGAAGUCAAGGCCACAAUUCCAAACACAGUUCGUGGCGGCCUGUUAGCCGAUGAGGUUGGAUAUGGCAAGACUGCUAUUGUUCUUGGUCUCAUCGAUUCCCAAUACGAGACAGACUCUCAGAUCAUACAUCCCGACGAUGGAUUGAUUCCCACAAAUGCAACUCUGAUCAUCGUGCCCUCCAACGUUUUCAAGCAAUGGGCCUCGGAGAUCCAAAAGUUCCUGGGUAGAAAAUACAAAGUCCUGGCUGUGAACUCGAUUAGCAAACUCACCAUCCAGCAAGUCCAAGAUGCUGGCAUUGUCCUUAUGUCAUGGAGUGUUUUGGCAAAUGAUACCUACUACACCCGACUCCAACGGUUUACCGCAACACCGCAAGCUCCAGCAAGAACGGGCGGAGGAACAGGUCGUAAUUUCGACAGCUGGUUCCACAACGCACGAACUUCCCUCCGAGAGAUUAUUGGUAUUCUGAAGAAUGAUGGGCCUGAGGCGAUGCUCCAAGAAUUGGAGACCAGACGUCGCCAAGUUCAAUUGACACAGGCCAAUUCUACAUAUGUUCCAUCGCGCCGCAUCCGUGGUCAAGCAUCCCUUGAUGCCAAUUCUGCCCGUGACAACUCGUCGGUUCCAGGAGAGGAUUCUUCUUCACUGAGCGACUCUGGAUACGAGGACCUCAAGAAGGCUAAAGCCAAAGCCAAAGCCCCGCCUGAUGACCGCAAGGAAUUCAACAUCAAAACCACACCUAGACAAAACUGGUGCACUGUCAAAGGCGCUUUUGUCCAUGCUUUCUCCUUCAAUCGUUUGGUUAUCGAUGAAUACACUUAUGCCGGAGAAGAGCGACAAACCUCUCUGGUAUCAUUGCACGCUCGCUCUAAAUGGAUCCUUUCUGGAACACCAAAUCUGAAUGAAUUUGCUGACAUCAAGAGUAUUGCCCGGUACCUCGGCCUUCAUCUCGGCGUUGAUGAUGAUGGUGAUUGUGACAAAACCCAAAAUUUGAGACUCAAAACCAUUCGCAAGGACCACACAGCCGCCGAAGCAUUCCAGAUGUAUCAGGCACCGCGCAGCAAUGCAUGGUACAAAAACCGCAGACUCCAUGCCCAACAUUUCCUCAACCGAUUUGCGCGACAGAACGUCGCUCAGAUCAAACACAUCGAGGUUACGACGGAUACUGUUACCACCGGGCAAACAACGACUGAAAAGAAAGCCUACGACGCACUGUUCCAAGCAGUCAAAGACAAAAAAAAGCGAAUCGAAGGCCCUUUGAACAGUAUCCUUUCCAAGAGCCAAUGCGCGGAAGAGGCUCUCAUCAUGGCCUGCACAACCUCUCAGAUAGGGAAACCUCUAUGGAACAUCGAAAAGUGUCUCAAAGGCGCAAGAAAUGAUGGAGUCAAAUCUGCUGAGAUCUGGGAUAAGAUAGAUUCAGUGUGCCGUCAAGCAGCAAUCCUUUGGUACCGCCACAGCAUUGAUCCAAAGGGAUGGAAAGAUUUCCAGACUAGUAUCCCGAAGGACGAGAUCAAAGACAGCAUCACCCUCCAGAAACUUAAGUCUAUUUUGGCAGAUUGCUUCAUCUCAUACAAGGAGUGGACUCGAUCCAGUCACGAGAAGUAUCUCAAUUCGAGCGAUCGUCUCAACAAAAGAGAAGAGAAAAUUCGCAAAUCAGAAAAGCCCACUGCAGCUGCAGACACGGGAAGACGUUCCACCAGUGCUCAAGAAACCGAAGAGCCCCGGAAGCGCCCAGCCAAGCGCGCAAAGGUUGCAGAGACCACAUCUGACGACGACCCAGAGGUGACAGCGGCAUUGAAAAAGGCCCUUGCGACCGACUGUAUCACGCUUCUCAAGCAGGUCUGUGAGAUCGACCGUGAGCAAUGCUUCUACGAGGCUAUGGUGGAUGUUCUUACUGCCGGAAUUACACCAUGCCAGGGCUGCACAACCGAAAUCCCAGACAUAGCAGAUCUCAACAUUCUCCAAACCUGCGGACACAUCCUCUGCGCAAGAUGCAUGGUUGAGGCCAAUAAGGAUAAGACCUGUAUUCUCGAAGGCUGCGAUGUCCGGGUCUCACCAUCAAAGACCGUCGUCGGCGCCACUCUGAUGGACGUGAACAACACUGUUGAAAGUUCAAAACUGGACAAGCUUGUCGAAAUCAUCCAUGGCAUUCCAGAAGAUGAGCUUGCUCUGAUCUUUAUUCAAAUUGACCACCUCAUGCCCGUGGCGUCGGAUGCCCUUAAAUCCGCCAACAUUGAGCACCGCAUGGUCACUUCAGCCAGCUUGAAAGGGCUCGAGGAAUUCAUCCGAGUCCCCAAACCAAAGAAGGGCCAAACAUCACCACUUCCCCGGCCAAAGGCAUUGAUCCUUAAUCUCGGAGGCGCAAUGGCUGCUGGAUUAAACCUCCAAUGCGCAAACCACAUCAUCUUCCUCUCGCCCUUAUUCACAUCCACCCAGCAUGACUGGGAAGCCGGCAUGACCCAAGCCAUCGGUCGUGCGCGACGAUACGGACAGCAAAGAACAGUCCACGUCUACCACCUUCUUGUGAAAAACACAUACGACGUCAACAUCUUCCAAGAGCGCCAUGGGGGCAGACUCUUCGAGCGAAGUGGUGUCCCAGUCUUGAUACCGAAGGGCGAUAUCCCUCUGCCCGGCGACCUCAUGCUCGAAGGUGAAAUGCUACCUGGCGACGAUUUCGAAUGA